AUGUCGGAGGCGGUAUCAAUUACUUUACCACCCUCGGUACCGUUCCCUGUGACCAUAUCAUCAAUUAUGUGUAAAGAGCAAGAUGACGUUAGAAAGCAUCAAAUGUUAUUUAAGUAUAAAUAUUGGGAUUAUCAAGAUGACCCUCAUAGUAAGGAAGAAAUUCCUCCUAAGAUUCGUGUUGAGAUGAUUGGGACUCAUGAAAGUCCUGUUGAAGGUAAAAUUACCCAAGUAUUGGUUAAACUUAAUGAAGAAAUAGGUCAUAAAGGUAUUGUUUUAUGUUUAAUUGAAGAACCAUGUGCUCAUGCAGUUCAAUAUGGAGGUCUUUGUGCUUUAUGUGGGAAAGCUGUGGAAGAUGAAAAAGAUUAUACCGGUUACAAUUAUGAAGAUAGGGCUACAAUUUCUAUGUCUCAUGAAAAUACUGGAUUAAAGAUUAGUUAUGAAGAAGCUACCAAGAUUGAACAAAAUACUACUGACCGAUUACUUAAGGAAGAAAAAUUGAUUUUGGUGGUAGAUUUAGAUCAAACAGUUAUACAAGCUACUGUGGAUCCCACUAUAAGCGAAUGGCAGAAAGAUCCUACCAAUCCCAACUAUAAAGCAGCUCAAGAAGUCAAAUCCUUUUAUCUUGAAGAAGAACCUAUCGUCACCGAAGCUAAUAAGUUGAAUGGUAUAAAGCCUCAGCCAUUAGUUUGUUGGUAUUAUGUCAAACUUAGACCUGGUUUGAAACGAUUCCUCCAAGAAAUGUCCAAAUAUUAUGAAAUGCAUAUUUAUACCAUGGCUACAAGAAAUUAUGCUUUAGCUAUAGCCAAAUUAAUUGACCCGGAAGGUAAAUACUUUGGUGAUAGAAUCUUAAGUAGAGAUGAAAGUGGUUCUUUGACUCAUAAAAAUCUUAAAAGAUUAUUCCCUGUUGAUCAAUCAAUGGUAGCUAUUAUUGAUGAUAGAGGAGAUGUUUGGCAAUGGGAAAGUAAUUUAAUUAAAGUAGUCCCAUAUGAUUUUUUCGUAGGUAUUGGAGAUAUCAAUUCGAGUUUCUUACCUAAGAAAUUCGGCCAAGUCACUGGACCUAGUAAAAGGAGAAAGUCAUUAGCUAAAUUAGAAGCAUAUGAAUUAGGUGAAACCAAAAAUGAAAAGGUCGAGGAAACCCCCAAAGAAUCACCUAAAAACAAUGAAGAUGAAGAAGAUAAAGAAAAUCCUAAGAAUCCAGUUGAUAGAAUGUUGGAAAUUGGAGGAGGUGAAGACAAUAAGAAUCUUUUAAUCGAACAAUCCCAACAACGAUCAUUAUCUAUUGAACAACAACAACAUGAUAGACCCUUGGCCAAAUUACAACAUGAUUUAGAGAAAAUUAACCAUCAAGAAAGCGAAGAUGAAGAUGAAGAUGAAGAAAUCGUUAAUGAUAAUUUACUUUAUGAUGAUGACACUGAAUUGGAAACUUUACAAGUAGCUUUAACCAACAUCUAUAAAGAAUAUUAUAAGAUGUACAAAAGUGGACAAACCAUAAAACCAGAUUUAACCAAGAUAAUACCACAAUUGAAAUCUAAAUGUUUAAAAGGUUUAACUAUUCUUUUUUCAGGAAUUUUACCCAUAAAUAUUCCAUUUGAGAAUCUCGAUUUGGUCAUCUUAUGUAAGCAAUUUGGAGCAACAGUAGUUAAUGAAGUUUUACCUGAAGUUACUCAUGUGAUUUGUAAGGAACCAAUUGAAGGUCAAGGAUUAACUUUGAAGGUUAAAAUAGCCAAAGACAUUUUACCCAAUGUUAAAAUUGUUAAUUCUGAUUGGUUGUUCUCAAGUUUAAGUAAUUGGAAGAAAAUGGAUGAAAGCAAAUAUUUAAUCAAAACUUCAGAUAAUAAUUGGAGAAUUGAUAAACGAGAUGUGGCAGAUUAUCAAAGAAACUUGAAUAAUCAAAUAAUGAUGCAAAAGAAUCGUCAACCACGACCUCGAUUUGAUUCCAUUACUUCCAUUGAAGAUUAUGAUUUAGAUAAUGCCAAUCAAGAAGUUGAUGAUUUCCUUGCUGAUCUUUCUGGAGAUGAAGAUGACGAUGAUGACGAUGAUGAUGAAGACGAUGAAGACGAUGAGGAACAACCAAGUAAAGUUGAUUCUUUCAUAAAAGAUGUGUAUAAGAGUAAAAAGAGAACAUUGGAAAUCGAAUCUGAUGAAGAAGUAUCCAAGAAACAUAAAUCCGAAGAUUUAGAAUUGGAUGAAUUAGAACAAGAAUUGUUAGAUGGAUUCGAUGAACUAGAUUAA